AUGUUAAAGAUUCCAUUAUACAACAAUAGUAUCGUCAUUGUUUGCUUCCUUUUAUUUUUGUGCAUGGAAUAUUCUGCUGCUCAAACAGGAGGUGGAGUAGCAGUUGGAGGUGGAACAGGAUGUGCAUUACAACCUAUCACUGACAACUCAUGGUGUGGUUGUGGAUAUGGAAGGAGAGCAAUAGGACCUUGUGUGGGUGGUGACUGUCCCGAUGGAUAUACAUGUGUGUGUGAUUACUGUUGUGAAGGAUGUUUUGAUGAUUGCUAUGACUGUGCUCUAUUUUUCCAAUACUGCGAUAACCUUAACUACUGCGAGUUGAGGCAGAAAUGCAAACGAACGUGUGGCGUUUGUCAAGAUGCCGACACAACCACUGAUGGUGGAUAG